UGUUGCUCAUACACCUCACUCGCUUCUCACAGAAGCUCGCCAAGGAGCAGAUCUGACAUCUGCUUUUGUCUAAUGAGUGCCACAGGUUCAACCACGUCAGCCGAGAAGCCCUCACCAUGGUCUUCGACUGCGAUAGACGCUGCGUCCCACGGAGCCAUCGCGUUUUGUCAGAUAUACUAUGAAGCGUAUGAUGAGCCUAAUCGACGCUCAACAGAACUCCCUCAACUCUUCCUGCCUUCCGCCAAGGUCAUUUGGAACGGGAAUCCUGUUCCUGCUGACAGACCAUCUCUCUCUGCUUUCCUCGACGCCAUGCCUCUAUCCCGACAUGAUCUCCAGACGGUCGACUGUCAUCCCGUGGCGGGCCCCCCUCUCUUUCUCCUACUCACUUCGGUGCUGGAUGCGGAUGCUUCACCGACUAUGCAACCCGCUCUUUCCGUGCUCACAGCCCUCGACUCUUCCUCUGCCCCUGAUCUGAUCGUCAACAUCACUGGAUCUGUCCUUCACGGUCCAUCCGUCAUGUCUCACGUGGAUACACCGAACCUUCCCCCGCAGGAUCACCCCCGAAAAUUCCACGAAAUGUUCAUGCUUAGAGUCGCUGAACAGACUGGAGAGGGUAUGCAGCCGAAAUACGCUAUACACAGCUCGAACUUCAGGUUCAUGGGAUGAUCAACCGAGACUCAGCGCUCCCUUGACAGCCACUGAAAACCAGUCCAUUGAUGAUAGCCUCAUCGUACAUUCUCCCUGCGCAAUCGUCCACGCGCCUUGUUAUAUGCGCAGCCACAAUCGUGUCCAGGCAUGGUAGUCAAUCACCCGCCUCGCGUAGGACAACGCAUCAAUCUGUGAUUGACAUCGACGAAGCCACACCCACGACGCAGCGUCAGCCACUGGUUAUCCGUAUCCAAAUGCAUACAUUUUGACCUUGCUCGAAUGGAGGCAAAACGCAUCUGAAAGACAACAAUCGGCCCGCCCGUCCGCACGCCCCUUCUUACAGCUUUGCAAAGGCCGAGGCACCGGUCUCUCUUGGUCCAGAAGCGAACAUUUCGUCAAUUUGUGCCUUGUAGUGCUUCGCAAUGAGGUUCCUAAAGAUUAUCAGGAUCGAGACUCACAACUCUCAGUCCC